AGGCAACAUGCACAGCAGAACCACACUGCCUGCGGACUCUGUAUUGCUCUUAGUCUCCACAAAGUUCGACGUUUGCCAUAAUGCAGACAAAGAAUAUUACUUGACCUAAUCAUGAAUCCGAGUGAACAGUUUACUACGGGCACUGGAGGAGAGAAUGGCCUCGCAAAAACUGAAGAGUGUCCCCAAAGCGACCAGCGUGUAAGCCAAAUGGGUGUAUCGGGAUUAUCAGCUCUAAUUAAUCAGUCGAAUAAUGCUAAUAUGCCUGAUGACUUACGUGCACCAAUUGGAGCCUCCAUAAUACAUGAUGUGGCCUCCGAUGAGGCAUAUGGAGCCUCUUUCUUGACAGAUGUAAUAGGACAGUCGGUUCAGACAAGGGAUGAAACUGAGUCAGAAUGUGGUAAAUUUAAAAACUGCCAUGAAUACAGUGGCUCCUCUGGCGAUAGUUCGUCCUUAUCAAUACUAUCGUCCAACACGGUAAAUAGAACCUCGCCAAUACUUGUAGGCAUUGCUGACGAAAUGAGCGACACGCUGCAGCAAUUUCCAGUCCAGGGUAAUGCAAAGAAUGCAGUAGAGCCGCAAGCCACUGUCUCAACUACCGCAGCUACUGAAUCAUUGUCACAGCAGAGAGACUCACUUUGUGUAGGCACAGCGUCAAAAUCGGCUGUCUCAGUUGAUACAAAGAACGAAACUACACAACAGUUGGCAAUUAAUUCAGUGAAUGAAACAAGUGCACAGCCCAUGCCUACAGCUUCAGGAGUAACAGAUGUUUUGAACUCAAUGAAGACAAGUACUAAAAUGUCGCCGAGUAACACUGCUCCAUCAUCCGACGAAAAGGAAAAACAUUCUCCGUUUUGGUUUGAUGAAUUGUCUGACAGAAUAGAAGAAUUCAAAAGGGUGUGUCGUUCGUUUUUCUCUGACGACGAAGAAGAGCACCCGCAAGAGUCACAUCAGGGAACGGAAACACCUGGGCACGAGGAUGACAAUAUCAUGCCAUUUGCCAAUGUUUCAAGCAGACUUGACUCACUGUCUGAAACAGUGCAGGAAUUAAAAAAUGCCUGCCGUUCGUGUUCAUCAGACAUGGAAUAUGAUUCUGCAUUGGCUACGGAUGAGUGGAAUCGCGAAACAAACACUUCUGGAUUAGACAACGAAUCAGCCACCGCGACCGCCAGUUCUUCAGUGAUAGAAAGCAGUGAGCAAGUACCAGAGAGUGUGCUGCAGGAGAUAAGGAAUGCCCCAAACGACGCAUGCACAGACGAUGGAACUGACAGUCCCAUUGGAGCACAAGAGCAGCAGAAGUUAUCAGGUGAAGAAGAGCCAGGUGGAAAUGCUUCAAACCAGAACAACCUUAAGGGUGCCUUUAAAACACCUGCGUGUGAAGAACUAAAAAAUGCUUCUCUUACAGACGCCACACUUGCAAAAGUCGUAGACGAUCCCAAAGAAAAGUUCCUGUCUGCCGAACAAAUCAAAGCACUUAAAAAGCAACUAGAAAUGCCCGACACAUUAAAAGAGUACUUAUUUACAGACACGGUUUCUAUGGACAUUCAACGUCUUUUGGCCGAUGCCAUAACCUGCAAGGCUCCGUUACCAGAUAUCGAACGCAUCUUGGCAGCAGGUGCUGAAGUAAACGCACCGGUCUCUAAGGGACUGAAGCCACUGCACUACGCUGCGUACAUCAAUGAUGCAACUUACGUUACGUUUCUUUUGGACAGGGGUGCUUACGUCAAUACUCAAGAUGACGUGGGGUAUACGCCACUACAUUUGUGUGCACGACAUGGCCAUUAUGAAACAAUGCAGAUUCUCAUAGACAACGGAGCGAUAGUGAAUUUUUGCGAUGGAGGUUUGGAUAUCCCGGAAGGUUUACAAACUAUAGGGUACCUAACACUGGAACCUUUGAACCUUGCCAUUGAGAACAACAACGUAGACUGUGUGAGAUUGUUAUUGGAACAUGGUGCCAACCCAGAAAACCAAUAUAUCCUCGGUGCAGAGAUUAACCUUGUGCCCCUGGAGUACACCAAGUGCCUUGAGCUGCUCCUCAUGUAUGGAGCCAAUCCCAACGUGUUUAGUCGAAGUGGCAUCACGCCAAUAAUGAAAGCCUGCAAGGAACGGCAACCAGACGCUCUGAAACUCUUGAUUGAAUACGGGGCAGAUGUCAACAUGCAGUGUCCACCACGGUUUGAACAGAAAACAGCUCUUCACAUUGCAAUUUUAGUAGGCUGUAUGAAGAUGGUACAAAUUCUCGUCGAGGCGGGUGCUAGUUUGAAAAGACCUGAGAAUUUCCGUGGAGGGGCUCUGAAUACAGCCGUUGUACACGGUCGACCGGAAGUUUGCCGGUAUCUAAUAAAACACGGUGCAGACGUCAACGAGCCAAAUGAAGAGGACUGCCCGCCACUCUUGGUUGCAUGUGCUGCAUCGCGCUUGCGCAACAGACAAGAAAUAAUUCAGCUUCUUUUGGAAAAUGGUGCAAAUCCCCUGUUUUACAAUGAACGAAUUUCCUAUGCUAUCCCAGGUUUGACGCCGCUCGUGGAGUACCUAGCAAAUGCAGAGAUUCCGGAGUAUGAAAUUGUGCAUCUUCUUGUAAAACACGGCGCCAGGGUGCAUUUCAAGAUUCCGACAAAAAUGCUUCGUCUCUUAGACCCUUAUGGUGUACUAAAACAUUUGGUUUCUAUUCAGACAAAGCCAAACAUUUUGAACCUAUUGGUUGAAGCUGCAGAGUGUUAUGACACCGAAAAAAUACUUCGAGAUAGGUCAUAUCCCGAGAUGCAGCGCGCCAUAUUAUCGUCUGCGUGUGUCACACCAGCGUCUCUAAAACACCAAUCGAGAAUUAUAAUUCGGAGGCAUUUGUGUGAGUUGCCUAUAUCGAACCCCAUUAAACAACUUCCCUUGCCCCCGUUAUUGAAAAGCUAUUUGUUGUUUGAAUGAAAUAAUGAAUACUGCAGUUAUUGAAUUUUUCUAAUUUAGUUUUUGGGAACGUACACCCAGUUAUGUUAUGUUUUCUUUUUAUCAUGUCAGUUUUUAGUGUUCCAUUUGCAUCCUUUUUUUACAAAAAUAAUAAUAAUAAUAAUAAUAAUGUGUAAUAUGAAGAAGACGCGAUUCUGAUUUUCCACAUUCUGUCUUGAUAUUUUUCCAAUGUUUUUGUUUAAGAUGUUAAUAAAA